GUUCAAAGAGUCGGCACAUCUCUAGCAGGUUCCGAUUUUGAGUUCCGUGGGUGAAGAGCUACAGCUGACUUUACAAACAGUUUGUUUGUGUUAGCAGACUUUUGAUGAGAUGUCUGAGGUAAAGAAAGAGGUGUUAAGUUUAGCAUCCGGUCAGCGAUCUGUUGAAAAAUGGACACUGCGAUCUAAGAGUGUGAGUGUAGAAAUCAUCUCUCUAGGCUGCGUUAUAACUGCCAUCAAAACACCUGACCGGAAGGGACAAAGUGCGGACAUAGUGUUAGGAUUUGAUGAUCUAGAAAGUUAUUUCACUAAUCCACGCUACUUUGGAGCUUUGGUAGGGCGAGUUGCCAACCGUAUUGCUAAGGGUCAGUUUGUAAUUGAGGGAAAAGUGUAUAAGUUGGCCAUCAAUAAUGGACCCAAUUCACUGCAUGGUGGCAUCAGAGGCUUUGAUAAGGCUGUGUGGAGCAGUGAGGCUGUGCCUAAUGGAGUGAGACUAAGCCACAUGAGCCCUGAUGGUGAUGAGGGAUAUCCCGGCAAUCUAAAGGUUUCUGUAACCUACACACUGGAGGAAAACACACUAAGUAUACAGUACUGUGCCCAAACUGACCAAACUACACCAAUCAACUUGACCAAUCACUCUUACUUCAACCUGGCUGGACAGGGUGCAUCAGACAUUUAUGACCAUGAAGUAAGUAUCACAGCAGAUUCAUACCUGCCUGUAGAUGACAACAUGAUCCCGACAGGGGAAAUUAGACCUGUAGAAAAUUCACCUUUUGACCUCCGUAAACCUGUUCUUCUUGGGUCUCGCCUCAAGGAACUUCCUGGCCCUGGGUUUGACCACAAUUUCUGCCUUUGGCUUCCAGGACAAUCAAAACAAGAGAUGAAGUGUGCAAGAGUGGUGCAUCCUGGGACAGGGCGUGUUCUAGAGGUGAGCACCACCCAGCCUGGCGUUCAAUUCUAUACCUCCAAUUUCCUGGAUGGGACAGUUGGAGGGAAAGGAGGAACAUCAUACCCAAAACACAGCGCUUUUUGUCUGGAGACACAAAACUGGCCAGAUGCUGUUAAUCAGCAACAGUUUCCUGAAGCUCUGCUGAGACCCGGCGAAGAGUACACUCAUACUACACGCUUUAUUUUCUCAGUCGCCUGAGACAUAAAUACACCCAGAACAGUUUAAGUACAAUGAUUUUGCCAGCUGUGAAGCCACAGUUUUAUCAAAGGUAAACAUGUUUUAUAAAAUAAGUAAAACUGGAUUAUAAAUUUCAAGCACUUUUGUGUAUUCAGGUAAAAUGAAAAUAAGUUUAGAUUCAUUUUUUUUUUUAUUAUUGUGAUUUGCUCAGUAUUAACUUGUAGCUGAUAUAUACAGUACUGUAUUAAUACAAUCAUCCAAUGAUCAUAAUAAAUAACAGUCAAUGCA